AUGACCAAUGUUCUGCUGCUUGCUGCUUUGGUCCUACAUUUUCUCCAACAAGGGAACACCAGCAAGAAGUUACCUGGAGUUGAGCAAUAUGAAACCAUUUAUCCCCGGAAACUGCACACGGUGCAGAGAAGAGACACAGAAGGACAAAAAGAGCCCAAAUACGACGACACGAUGGCGUACGGAAUCAAAGCCAACGGAGAGGAAGUCAUCCUGCACCUCCAAAAAAAUAAGAAUCUCUUAGCUAGAGACUACACUGAAACCCUUUAUUCUGAUGAUGGGCAACAAAUAACAACGAGUCCUCAGAUCAAGGACCACUGUUAUUAUGAAGGUUACAUUCAGAAUGAUGCUGAUUCCAGAGCAAGCAUCAGCACUUGCCAAGGUCUAAGUGGAUAUUUUGAGACACGUGGCCAGAAGUUCCUCAUUGAACCCUUGGGAACCUCAGACAGGGAUGAACAUGCAGUCUACAAGUAUGAGAAACUUGAAGACAAGUCCAUAAAAACCUGUGGUGUGGUUAAUAAUACUUGGGAAGAGGAUUCAGAUGACCCCAUCAAUGACCUCUUCAAAUCCAGCAACAGUCCAGAAAUGAAAGCCUACCUGAAAGCAAAGAAGUACCUGGAGCUUUACAUGGUGGCAGACAACACUUUGUACAAGAAGUAUGAUGAAGAUGUUAGAACUGUAAGACAAAGGAUAUUUGGAAUAGUCAAUUACAUCAAUGUGGUUUAUAAGGCCAUAAAUAUCUACGUGGCUUUAAUUGGCUUUGAAAUCUGGACAGAUGGUGACAAAUGCAAAGUGAGCAGUGUCCCUGGAUCCACUCUGGACAGUUUCUCCAAGUGGCGCCUCUCGGAUUUAUUGCCGAGGAAAAGGAACGACAACGCUCAGCUCAUCACGGGCCACGACUUUGAUGGGACAACCAUUGGAUUAGCCUUUGUAAAAACCAUCUGCAGUGAUUCACUUUCUGCAGGUAUUAUUCAGGACCACAACAGAAAUGAAAUUGCAGUUGCAGCUACCAUAGCCCACGAGAUGGGACACAACCUGGGCAUGAACCACGACGGCGAUGCCUGCACCUGUGGCGACAGAGUUUGUAUCAUGACAGACACUGUCAGUGCUGUCAUCCCCAAGGAAUUCAGCUCUUGCAGCCUCCAAAGUUUUGAGAAAUACAUGCUGAGUGAGAUGCCCAAAUGCUUAACUAACAUCCCAGAUACAAGCAGCAUCGUUGCACCUCCAACCUGUGGGAAUGGCUUUGUGGAAAGAGGAGAGGAAUGUGACUGUGGCACUCCUGAGGAGUGCACAAACGACUGCUGUGAGCCCGAGACCUGCAAGCUGACAGCUGGGGCCCUGUGUGCACAUGGAGACUGCUGUGAGAACUGCCAAUAUAAGAAAUCAGGAGCAGUUUGCAGAGCAGUUAAGCACGACUGUGACCUGGCUGAGAUGUGCACUGGCUCUUCUGCCACCUGCCCAGCAGAUCGGUUCCGUGUGAAUGGCCACCCCUGCAACUAUGGGGAAGGGUACUGCUACAUGGGCAACUGUCCCACCCGAGCAAGCCAGUGCAAGGCUGCUUUUGGACCAGAAGCUACAGAAGGUGCUGCUUCCUGCUACGAUAUGAACGAGAAAGGGACCUAUUAUGGAUACUGCAGGAAAGAGAAAGGUAGUCACAUCCCGUGUGAAAAAAAAGAUAUCAUGUGUGGAAAGUUGUUCUGUACUGGUGGGAAGGAGAUGCCUCAGGAUGGGAACAUGGUGACUUUUGGUUCCUGCAAAUCAAGUUUUCCUAAAAGUGGAGAAGUAGACCCAGGGAUGAUUCUCAAUGGAACAAAGUGUGGGAAUGGGAUGGUGUGCAGCAAUGGAGAAUGUGUCCAUGCUGAAGAAGUCUUUCGAUCGACCAACUGCUCAGCCAAGUGUACUGGACAUGCUGUGUGUGACCAUGAGCUGAAGUGUCAGUGUGAAGAGGGCUGGGCCCCCCCAAGCUGUGAGAGCUCCUCAGCAGUGACCAGCUUUGCUAUCGUGGCCGGUGUGCUGGCUGUGCUGGCGGGCACAGCGAUGGCAGCAGUGCUGCUGAUCCACCGCCGGGGGCUCCAGAAGAGGUGCCAGAUCAGAAGGAGACCUGGAGCCACAAACCAAAUCAUUGUGGAUCAAGAACAAAGAUGCAGAGAACACCCUGUCCUGGCAGUGCCUCCUCAGAAGAUGAAUGCUAAGAAGCUUCUGCCUGUACCUCCACCACAGGGGAACAAACCACAAGCCCGGAGUCCUGCCUUAAGACCAAAAGGUCCCCCACCUCCUGUUCCACCCACCAAACCAAGCUCUUCUCACACAGUAGAGAUUUUUGCACCAGAGAGAAAACCUGUUCCUCUCCCCCUUCCCAAAGGCAAACCUCCACCCCCCCCUCCACCAAAGGCUUUAAAACCUCCAGUUAAUCCCAGGGUAUGA